GCGCGCUGUUUAUUUUAUCCUUCAUUUCAAGGUCCCUUUUAGAAUCAUAUAUUCAUAAUACAUGACAAGUUUGCUGUUGAAAACGAUUGAAUGAAAACAGUAUAUUGAACAAAGAUACAUAGUUAGGAUAUUCGGACUGACUUGAAUACAAAUAACAUAAUAACGGUUUAUGUACAUAUUUUUGAAGAUUGUAAGAAGCUGGUGAAAAGAAAAGUAUGAAAACAACAAGAAUAAGAAAACUGUUUAUUUCUUCAACAUUGACUGUCAUGUUGAUAUUGGCACUUCAAACGUACUACAGUGAUCGUCUUUCAUUUGGAACAUCAGUCGUGUUAACAUCGCAAUAUUCCGUGCACGUGCGUGGACAUUCUCAAACAGUGGUAACUAAUAAAAUGAAAUAUUCAAGAUACGGAACUGGAACAAGUAUUGUAAAAGAGUCUUUAAAUGAAAUAAUUAGUCAACAUUCAAAGUAUAAUGGAAGCGCAGAUGCUUCACAAGAACUUCACUAUAUACCUAAGCGAAGAAAGCUGCGAAUAGCGCUUUACCAUGUAUAUCAUGGACUAAUAAAGGCUCACAUGAGAAGUUUAAAUAUGUCCAGUUGUUUCCAUUAUCAAAACUGUGAAGUUGUAUAUAUCAAACCGUUUACAACAGGAAUUAUAGAUGCAGACGCUGUUCUUAUUCAGGGAAACAAUGUACCAAAUAAACUCCCAAAACAUAGAGAUAAGAAUCAAGUUUUCAUUUUUGUAACAGUAGAAUCGCCCAUAUAUCUGCGAUUCACCAACCCUUAUGAGAAAAGAGUCCAUAAUUAUUUUAACUGGACCAUGACUUAUAGAAUAGACUCCGAUAUUCCAUACGUUUAUGGCUCUGUUAUUCCAAAUAAAGUAGAUAAAAACUAUGUCAUUCAGAGCAUAGAAAUUAAUAAUAACUUUAGAAAUAUAGGUAUGAAUGCGUCUCUAGACGAGAAGGUAAUCAGUAAUUAUACCGGCGACGUUAAUAAGAAUUAUAGUGAUAUAUUCCGUCAGAAGACAGAAACUGCACUUUGGUUUGUAAGCCAUUGUAGGACACCGAGCAAACGUGAGGUGUAUGCCAGUGAAUUAGCGAAGUACACAAAUGUUACUAAAGUCGGAAAGUGUAACAUGAACAGGUCGUCUUCAUGUCCAAAACGGAGCGAUUGUGACACUGACUGGGCUAAGAAAUACAAAUUCUACUUAGCAUUCGAAAAUUCCUUGUGUAUUGACUACAUUACGGAAAAAGCCUUUCUGUGGUUCACAAGAGAUAUUGUUAUUGUUGUUCGAGGUGCUAUUCAUUAUGAAAAUUAUCUUCCGAAGGGCACAUUUAUAGAUACCAAUGCGUUUAAUUCAGCAAAAGAACUUGCACAACAUCUGAACAAAGUGGGUGCAAACGAAGAAGAAUAUACAAACAUUCUAAAGCUGAAGGAUCAUUAUUCUGUCAUAAAAGAACGAGAACACGCUCAGAUAUCGUAUUGUAACUUGUGUUAUAAAUUAAACAAUCUCAACCAAUAUCGAAAAUCCAUCGCAAAUGUAAAUGAUUGGUGGAACAGACAUGACUGUAUUAGAAGUAAUGAUAUAUGAUAGCUAUAAUACAAAUUGGCAAUAAUUUUGGGAGAAUCUAUAUCUUAUCUGUAGAGCUAUGAUAUGUACACAAAAAAUGUGUGUCUAUUUUAUUUCUAGGAUGGGCUGGAAUUUUAUUUUGUUCCUUGUUCCUGUUAUUGUUUGUCUGUCUUUGAUUAAAUGGGGAAUUUAUAUACCACUGAUACCUUUUCCAUUUAUAUAAUAUUAUUUCAAGACAGCUAAUCUCGUGAAA